AUGCUGGAAAUCUAUCGAAAAGGCGUUUUCGUCCUGACUUCAGUGGCUUUAGCAUUUCAAAUUCUGCCUGUUAUAUCGAUCCCGGCUGUCGAGUCGCUUUACCUCUGUAUGUAUCAGGACCGAAAAUUUGGAGUUUUUGGAUGGUGUUCGGUUGAUGGGAAUACAUGCGCGAAUGAUAGCAUUCGGUAUACGACAACUAUGAAAGAAAUCGAAUAUUACUACAAGGAGGAUUUUUUCCCAUCAAGAGCCAAAGCGACUUUAUCCAGAUUAUUGUUAGUACAUCCUAUUGCACUUGGUUUCACGGCGGUGCUAUGGGCUAUGGCCGUUGUUCUGAAUUGUAAGAAAUUCGAACAAUCACGUCAGCUUAUCUUGGGGAUGGUGCUGUGGUCAAUACCUACAGUAUUGCUUUCGCUUCUGAGCUAUUUGGUUGACAUCCUCUUAUUCGUCCCCUACCUGGCUUGGCCAGGCUGGCUUUUGCUCGUAAGUAUCAUUUUGAUCGUCAUUACUACAUGCGUCAUGUGUUUCUUGAGAAGAGUGAAUUCCAUACAGAGAUACGAUCGAUUACACGGAAAGGACGAGGUUGAGUUCAUCCCGUUACAUCAAGGCAAAUCCUCUGAUUUACGACCAACUUUUUCAGAGGAUUCGACGUUUGACGACUUGCAGAGCAACCAUCUGUAUCAGAAACCUCAAGUCGGUUUCACGAGAGACGAUACGUAG